AAUAAAAUUAAAAAAAACAACAUGUUUACUUUUACUCCGAUAAGUUGAUAAAAUUUUUUUGAAUCAAUUAACAAAAAGUUAGUUAAUUAAAUAUUUGAAAACUAGUCAUAAUAAUUUAGUUGACAGGUGUAAAAUAAAAGUGAUACUAAAUUAUUAUAUUUACAUAUAUAUUUUUAUGUAUUGAUAUUUAAAAUGACUGAGGAAGUUAAAAAACUUGAUAGUAACAGCGAUAAUUCAGCAACAAAUAAUGCGAAUCCUUUGCCAGCUGAGAACCAUCACCAGGAUGUCGAGGUGUCGAAAAAUAAACCGGACAAUAAAAAAGAAAAAUGCAAACCAAUGACUAAGGUCGUAAUUAGAAGAUUGCCACCAUCGAUGUCUCAAGCACAAUUUAUUGAUCAAGUAUCUCCACUUCCUGACAAUGAUUAUCUCCAUUUUGUAAAAGCUGACAUGUCAUUGGGACAAAAUGCAUUUUCACGAGCCUACAUAAAUUUUAUUGACCAGCAGGACAUAUUUGUAUUCCGCGAAAAAUUUGAUAAUUACGUGUUCGUUGAUGCUAAAGGUGUCGAAUAUCCAGCAGUUGUGGAGUUCGCGCCCUUUCAAAGACUGCCAAAAAAACGUGUCGGCCGUAAAAAAGAUCCCAAAUGCGGCACCAUCGAGGCUGAUACUUAUUACAUUAAUUUUCUUGAGAGCUUGAAGAAUCAGGAGGCUGAUGCGGCUGUUCCUCAGCCUAAAACUGAGUACUCAUAUCAGCCAUUUGAUAAUACUCAGAAGAGAGUGACGACUACGCCAUUGCUGGAGUAUUUGAAACAACGGAAAGCUGAAAAACAGCGUGUCCGAGACGAAAAACGUGAGGAGAGACGACGACGGGAUAUUGAAAGACGUCGGUCUAAAGAUGAACCGCCCAUGGUAUCAAAGGUAUUAAAAAACCCGGAAGCUGAGCGCGAAAGUAAUCGUGACAAUAAAGAAAAUGACAAAGAAAAAAUAUUACCAAAAGAAUUAAAAAACCGUAAGAGAGAGGACACUAGACGUGACAAAGUAUUACCGGCUCGUGAUCGGGACACUAAAGCUUUGGGUAAAAGUUACAGAGAUCGCGAAGAUAAAAAACAUGACCGAGAUAAUAAACAGGGUAAUAAAAAGUAUGAGGAUAAAAAAUCAUACAGGCGAGACGAUUAUGGAAAAGAGGAGAGACGAGAAUCCAAAGGUUCGAGAGAAGAUGCUGGCGCUGGAACUGGUACCGGUGCUGGUACUGGUGGUGGUAAUUAUCAUAAGGAAAAAUUGGCUGAAGAAAGAAAAGGCAAAAGCUAUGAGAAAAUGAGACAAGAAAAGCGACGACUUGCUGAUGCCAAGAAAGAUGAAGUUGAUUUACCCAAAGAUAAAGGACGGGAAGUUGAUCUGAAUAAAUGUGAAACCAAAAAAGAUGUCACUGUUGAUUUAUUGCCGAGCACAUCUGGCGAAUGUGAUGACAAGAGUAAUGAUUGCAAGAGUUCGAAUGAAUUGCCGGACAAUCCAAAGGAUGAAAAAGUUGCCGAUUGUAAAUUUGUUGGAUCCAUUAAAACUGAGGAGACGAAUAAAAGUGAGACUAAAGUGCGGAACGUAAAGAUUCCGAAACGAAGGAGUUCCUUGGAGAGUGGUGGCGACGGAGGCGGUGGAGACGGUGCGUUUCUUCGUCGACACAAAUCACUGGACGGUGGAGACGAGGACAACUUGAGAAAAAACGAACAUGAGUAUAAAGACAAAGACAAAAAGGAUCCGCGCCUAGAACGACGAAUUAGAAACAAAGAUCGGCCUGCAAUGGAAAUCUAUCGCCCGGGAAUGGGUAAAUUUAGUAAACAGCGUUUAGAGCGCGAGAAAUCAAAUCACGAUGAUCGAGCUUCAUCGUCUGAAAGUCCUACACCUGGUAAAGGUUCUAGUAAAAAUGAUUUGACAUCUACCUCAUCCGAGUUGCGCUCAAUGACAUUUAAACGGAGUGUCAGUCGUGACAAUCCUUGAUUGCGCUGCUAAAUUUAUCUUUCUUCCUUUUUAUUUAAAUUGUUUUAACUAAAGUCGUUUAUUUCCAUAACUUUGCUGACAAGACUUCUGUCAGUCCUUAGAAAUGUAUGUUAAUAAAAAUAUAAUAAAC